GCUUAUUUGUUCCAGCGAUUCAACUUUGUUAAUUUUUUUGGCUCUGUUCCAAAAAGAUCCAGAUCGAUGAAAUAGAGGAACGGUAAACAGUCAGGUUUUUUGUUCCGUUCAAUCGUUAAGACUGUAGUCCACGUACAAGAUCGCGGAUACCAAACAUUACACCAUGACAGUGAUCGAGAACAAGUUGAACAGUGAGGAACUUGAGGAAAAACCAAGCAAUGUAGAGCCAAAGAGAACGUACAAGAUCGAUGAAGUUUUGGAGCACUUUGGUUCGGUUGGGAAAUUCCAGAUUGGACUGGUGCUGAUAGCGUCGAUAUUGGCCUGGAUCGCUGCCUGGAGGAUCCUUUUUGAUUUAAUUGCUGCUAAAAAUAACUUCUACUGGACAUGUACUCAAAAUGGCACCGAUCUUGGGUGCAUAUUUGAAGAAGGGAAGAUGCCGUGUCAAGUGGACGCUAACGUGGCUUUAGAAGAGGACGGGAGGAUAGGAAAUGGGCACUUUUGGAAAUUUGAUGAGGAAUAUGCAGACCAUUCUAUAAGAAGCACAAUGAAGAUGAGUUGUUCGGAAGAUUGGAAGUUCAGCUUUGCUUCGUCGAUAUAUUUCAUUGGGGCUUUCUUCGGAGUUUGGAUAUUCGGUUCACUCUCUGAUAUGCUAGGAAGGAGAAAGACGUGCAUGAUAAGUUUGGGAAUAUGCUGCAUUCAAGCUUGGAUAAUCCCGUUUUUCAACAAUAUUAACGUUUACCUAGCCUGCCGUUUCUUCGAUGGGGCCGCUUUUGGUGGUUUCUUCCUCAUAGCUUUCGUCUUAGAGGUGGAAUAUGCUCCUCCUCGGUACAGAAACAAAGUCGGAACUGCUUUCCAUUUUAUGACUAGUGUUGGAAUGGCAACUGUGGCAAUUUGGGGAAUGAUCUUCAAGUCGUGGAAGUGGUACGCCUUGGCUCUAGCCUUUCCCCCAACCAUCAUGCUCCCCAUCUGCUAUUUCAUGCUUCCUGAAUCGGCUAGGUACUACUUGGGGAAAGGAAAGGAUGCGAAAGCUCUGGAUAUGUUAGAGAAGGUGGCCAAAUGGAACGGGAAGGAGGUUCCGGAGGGGUGCCAUCUGUUCGAGGAGGAUGAGGAGAAGGUUAGCAUCAGGGAAUUGUUGGGCAAACUCACCGGAGGUCGACUCGUCAGAUGCAUGCUAAUCAACAUGUUCGGGUGGUUCAUGACAUCUCUGGUGUACUACAUGUUGUGGUUCAGUGCCAAGUCUCUAGCAGGGGACAUUUAUGUGAACGCGGUUAUCCUCGGUCUCGCUGAACUGCCAGGGAGGGUGGUAGCAUACUUCUUGAUGGAGAAGAUAGGAAGGAAGUACACCUUUAUAGGUUCUAUUGGUAUUGGAUGUAUCUGUAUGUUUGUCUCGAUCUACGAAAACAGUAUCAGCAGAAAGAUUAUGUACUGCAUUGGCAAGGCGGUGACGGGAUCUCUGUGGGCUGUGAUCUAUCUUUAUUCCAGUGAAAUGUACCCCACUAAAAUACGAAAUCUGGGUUCAGGUAUAGGAUCUGCUGCAGCACGAGUUGCAGCAUUGAUAGCUCCCUUCAUCGGAGAUUGGCUGGAAGUGUCCCCUGUUGUUCCUUAUAUUUUAGUUGGAAUACUGGCUAUGAUAUGCUGCGGAGUGUUCAUGUUUGUCCCGGAAACUUCUGGAAAAGACAUGCCACAAACCUUGGAGGACUUCGAACUACUUUUUGAGGAUGGGAAAGAGAGAGAUGAGGAGAAGAUAUAGAGUUAUCUAAUUGCAUGAGGUCCUUAACUUUAUUAAAGACAGUGGCAAGGGCAUAGGCCAUAGUUACAAGUGAUUAUAACAUAGUUGAAAAAUGUGAUAUCU